CCAAAUCUAAGCACUCCACCACCCACACUUGUUUUCUGCUAGCUAUAGAUCACUAAGAGUAGUCAAGAAUCAUGGCAAGUGUUAAGCUAGUUAUGAUUGUAAGCCUGGCGGUGAUGAUGAUGUUUGCUCCAAUGGCAGCAAGAGCAGCAAUAACAUGUGGAGAUGUAGUAAGAGAGCUGACUCCAUGCGUGGGCUAUUUGCAGAGUGGUGGGCAAGUUCCUGGCAAUUGCUGCAACGGCAUUAGAACACUUUAUAAUGCUGCUCAGACCACACCUGAUCGCCAAGCCGUUUGCCAGUGCUUGGAAUCUGCUGUUAGUAAUUUCCGCUACUCCAGCUAUAACCUUGGCCUCGCUCAGAGUCUUCCUGCUAAAUGCAAUGUCAAUAUUCCUUACAAGAUCGACCCCUCCACCAACUGCAAGAACGUUAAGUGAAGAUGAUAUAGAUGAUCUUGCAGCAUCGAAGCUACUGGUGUAUGUAGACGGAGAAUAAUGAAGGCUUCCAUAGUCUAUCUUGAGGAAGUCUCAGUGUUUGUCUGUAGUGGGCUAUAGUCUACUAUUUUGUACGACAUUAUCGACUUGAUGUGUAGGAUAUGAGAAGAUGAAGUUGUUUUGUGUGCUAUCUAACUUCUCGUAUUAUAUAAAAGCUACCUAUCAAAUCUGUAAGGUCUUAGGCCCUUAAUAAUAUUAAGUUAUUUCCUUU